CCUCCCUGCCCGGCAGGAGGUGGGACCAGCGCCGGCGCUGCCGCCUGCCUCCUCCCUCUCCCCUCCCGAGGGCUGAGCCAUUCCGGGAAGGCGCCGGCUCCCCCGCCGCUCCUCGGCAGCGCAGCCCCGGCGUCGGCCGCCGCCACACCGGGUUCGGCCCCAAGGAGCCGCGGAGCUGCAAGCGAGCCGAGGAGGAGUGGGGCAGUGGCGGCGAGUGCGCGGUCUCCCGCGGCGGGGAGCGGCAGGCGGCGGUGGGGCGUGUGGGAGGACAAGCGGCCGGAGAGUGGGGCGGGGGGGCGGCCGCAGCGUAGUUGUUUUGCCCGGGGUAAGUUGACCGAUCCCCAUCGGAGACUUCGCUCGGAGGGGCAGCGCUUGGCUCCCGGCUCCUGCCGCCCCAGCCCCCUUGGGGGGAGCGCCUGUUUUUGCUCCCCCCCGUUUCCCGCGGGUUGUUGUUGUGUUUUUUUUUUUUUUUUUAUUGUUAUUAUGGGGUCUUUGGAGAAGCAGAUCUUCCGCUCCGGCGUUGCUCUUCAUCGUUGUCCAACGCUCUGCGGAGAGCUAUAAUAUUUCUUUCUCGAGAUGCUGCAGUGAAUUUUAGUCCCAGAAAAUCAAGCGAACAAAAUAAUCCGAAUAACCCGAACCAUUUGUUACCGUACGAGAGCGAACGCUGCGCAGAUGAUGGCAAAAAAUUCCCUGGAAGGGUCUAAGGAAGACCUGAGCAAAAUUUCGGAAGAGGAGAUGCUGAGGUGGAGCAAGGAAGAACUGGUGAAAAGACUGAGGAAAGUGGAGAAUGAAAAGAUGAACUUAAUGGUGGAACACGGCAACUUGAUGAAGGACGUGAACCGGAGGCUGCAGCUCCACCUGCACGAGAUCCGCGGGCUGAAGGAGGUGAACCAGAAGUUGCAGGACGACAACCAGGAGCUGAGGGAGCUCUGCUGUUUCUUAGACGACGACCGGCAGAAAGGCAAGAAGCUGUCGAGGGAAUGGCAGCGCUUCGGGAGGCACACGGCCAGCGUGAUGUGGAAGGAGGUGGGCAUGUACCAGCAGAAGCUGAAGGACCUGGAGGCCAGGCAGGAGACCCUCCUGCGGGAGAACGUGGAGCUGAAGGAGAUGGUGCUCAUGCUGGACGAGGAGCGGAGCGGGGCCGGCUCGCGAAGCUCCAUCGACAGCCAGGCCAGCCUGACCAACCUCAACGGCGGCUCGGCCACCAGGGACGUGGGGGACGGGAGCAGCACCUCCAGCACGGGCAGCGCCGGCAGCCCCGACCACCAUCACCACCACCUCCACCACCACAAGGUCGGCGAUAGCAAGGCCGGGGCCAUGCGGAGGUCUAUGGAUGACCUGUCCGCGCCUCUCCACCACCGGAGCAUCCCCAACGGCCUCAACGAUUCGUCUUCCAACUAUAUCAGGCAACUUGAAACAAAAGUGAAACUGCUGGAGGAUGACAACAAGCUGCUUUCCCAGCUGGCUGACUACAACAGCUUGCCACGAAAUUUCAGUAAGCAGUCCAGCACAGGGGACCUGAGGACUCUGAGGAAGGGGUUGUCUCCGUACCACUCUGAGUCACAGCUGUCAUCACUGCCGCAGUAUCAAGAUGCCCUGCAAAAUGGACCAGCUCGCAUGACAUCUGAUCUUGCAUCUUCUCCUGCAGCAGGAUACAUGCCUGUUGGUCAGAAGCCAGAGGCUGUUGUGCACGCUAUGAAGGUCCUUGAGGUCCAUGAAAAUUUGGACAGGCAAAUGCAAGACAACUAUGAAGAAGACCUGAGUGAAAAGGAGAAGGCGAUCGUCCGUGAAAUGUGCAAUGUUGUCUGGCGAAAGCUGGGUGAUGCUGCGAGCUCCAAACCCUCAAUCAGGCAACAUCUGUCAGGAAACCAGUUCAAGGGUCCCUUGUAGGAGCGGCAUCCCGGAGACUGGAAGUGAUUGAUUGAUUCUGUGAAGACUGAAGAGGCAGAGCUCAGCGUUUCUGGCUGCCUGUUCUUUGGGAGUUGGGGUUGAGUUUUUAUGGAUUUUCUUUUUUUCUUUCCCCCCCCCCCCCCCCCCAGCUUUUUUUUUUUUUUUUUAACAAUAGUGUAAAUAUGGCAGCUAAAGUCCUGAUUUCCAGGCUGUGGUGCUCUGGAACUACUGUUCGAUGGGUAACCAUCCAGUAAUGCCAGACUUGCAUUAUUUGUAUUGUAGUUCAAACCUGCUUCAUUGUAAUGGUCUGUUUGUAGAAUUAACUAACUCAAGAGAAUUUCUAUGAGGAACAAGAACCCUUAAACUGCAGAGAAGUCACAGUUUGUAUCACUCCUGUCCACCCUCUUGUCAGUGAUUCAUAGUGGCUCCAGGCAGCACCUUCCAAGGAAAAUGCAACUUGAAUUUGUUGGCUUACUGCCUGCCAAGCUCUUGAGCUGCUAACACUUGCUUUUGGAGGUCCUCAUUCAGAAGAAUGACAUGCAACUGUUUUCACAAAGCGCUGUGGAAAAUACAGAGUGGUGAGCUAAAAACGCCAGCACCAUUCUGCACUGUAUGGUGGUACUCACCACACAAGCCUGCAGAAAGGCAUGAGACUCCGUAUCAUCUGUUAAUGAACUGUUUUUCCUUAAAAAUGACACGAGAUAUCUGCAGUCACAAUGUGAAUGAAGUCACUUAGCCACACACCAAUAUUCCCUACAAACAUGGCAGCACUUUCCCUGUAAAUCUUCUACUACAGAGUAAUUCAUCAGAAACUGCCAUCCUCACAGUGCUUGUGGUGUUCACAGGAUCUUCAAGAGCAGCAAACCUUUCACAUAAGGAAGAUUCGGGUGAUUUUUUUAAUGUCUUGCUGGAUCCCUCACCUGUACUGGUUCCUGUGUAAGGUGGCUGAACAACAACCUUGUGAAGCUGAAUAAAAAUGCCAUAAACACAGGCUGUCGGCUGAGACUACUUUCUGCUAUUCAAGCUUUAUUUUUAUUAAUGAACCAAAACAAGUGGGUUUUCCCCCUUCAAAUGGUUGUAUAUAAAACAAUGGGACUUACAUUCUCCUAUUGUGGAGUAGCUGCUUGUAUAGUUGUAAGAAUUUUCCCCCCUUCUUUUCCAAGUUGUCAAAGCAGCUGCCCCUGUAUUUCAUUAGAUGUUCUUUCCCAAUAGUCCAGGCAAGCAGGGCUGGGUUGUUAAACUCAUUGGUGUGAAAUAAUUUUAAAGACAGGCAUGUGAAAAGAUCAAAGCCUCCUCUUCAAAUGUUGCAUUGAUUACAGUGAUUAAUUUGAAGAUUUAAUGACCUCAAACACCAUCACUUUCUUUUUAUCUCCAUAAGAAUCGGUCACAGCUAGAGACAGCUGAAUUAACUGGACAGGUUCUUCCUCUUAAAUUAAUUUGUUCUACCAGUUGAGUUCUUUGAUUUGUGGUAUUGUGUUAACAAGGAGCACUGAUACAAUACCAAGGAGCUCUUGCUGCAAGUUAUGAAAGGUAAUUGGUCCCAUGGUAUACAAUAAACUAGCUGCCUGGGUGAAGAAUUUGCAGUGUCAGAGCUGGAAUCUGUAACCAGUAAAAAAUAAGAGAAGGAAUACAAUCAAAAUGCACAGUAUCCAGUAAGAGUAAGCACCACUUCAUUAUUCAUUUCAGAAACAAAAAUGUAACAGUCGAGUAGGUUAUUUUUUAAAAAGAACCAUCCCCCAAAACACACACAUACUCUCACUCGUACAUUUACCUGUAGCUUAUUUCUUACUCAGUAUGAAAUAAGCUCUCAGCCCGCAAACACUGAGUUAGCUAACUCUUAAGUGUAGUAAUAUUUACAUACUAUGGAGUCAGGAAAAAUCCAUUCUAGAGUCUGUCUCCUUUAAAAUAUAGCAUCUUUGGAGGAUUGUGGAUUUCCUCCUCUUCGCCUUGUGUUUUGACCACCAGUUUUUAGUCACCAUUGAUUGUCUUCCUUCUGUACAAUUUAUACCUUAAGAUUGUUGUUCCAGAAAAGGUGAUGUAAAGCAGACAUCAUUCUUCCUUAACAUCUAGUAUCAAACAGAGGGUUACUUUAAUCUGUCUGCUUGAAAGCCCAUUCUAAUUUUGGUGGCAUUCAAUCGCUGGAUUAAGUGGAGAAUUUAAGCAUAUUGGGAACAAGGCUAAUUUACAUCAGUGAAUUUUAACUAAAGCAAUGCAAAUGUUGCCAGCACUUGUAGAGUUGUGUUGAUGAGAUGCUUGCUAUUUUAGGAGUGCGUUAGACUAGUCGGUCCUCUGAACAAGACAAGAGCUGUAUUACUAAUCUGAUUACUAGUCCCUCCAGCUAUGUAAUGCUCAGAUAUUCCCUGCCAUCAGAUCUCUCUCAAAAAUCUGUUCAAUGACUUCAGGCAAAGCUUGUUUUAUUCCACCUGCAGAUCUCAUCUCCAAAGGAAAGAGUGCUGCAAUUGAGGUCUAUUAGUGCUGCAAAUCCUGAAGAGCCAGUUUACAGGGUAGGCAGUAGUUCAGCUGAAUAACCUUCAUACUCUUAGGGUAGAGUCCAUUUUUCUUAAGAUUCUCUUUGGCAGCGUAAAUCUUCAGUGUAAAAAGUGUGUCACUGAUAUUGCAGAAGAACAUACUGUAUGUUGGGAUGUUCUUGUCUGGGGGCUUUUAGAAUUGCUGCUCUUCACAGUUAGCUCCAUUUGAGCUGUAAAGUGUCUUCCUUGGGUAAAAUGACACUCAAUGACUUUACAGGAUGACUUGGGUGCUGAAUUUUCAGUUGUCUAAAAAGAUGGUGUUUAUGCAUAUUUAGAUGCAUUCACCAAUGUUCUAAGUCUUCUGUGAAAGCUACCUGAAGAGCUUUAUGUAUUCAGUUGGACGGAAGCAUCCCUUGAAAUAGUGGCCAUUAAGUUGAUAUAUUUUGAGCAAUAGUCCAAGUUAAUUUCCUCAAGAUUGAAGCCCUGGGUUCUGCAAUCCUCUGACAAAGAAAGCAUCCACUGUUUACACACGGGCUUUGCUUACUUAAGGAAAGUAAAAUCACAUCCUUGACUUUUGUUGGAGUGGCUGAAGUAAGCAGCAUUUCCCUAACAGUUUUGGAAAUGCUGUGGUGUAACCAGCUUCAGCUGGCUCUCUGCACCUUGCUAAGACUGCUGAGCACAACCUUGUUUUGAGAAUGGCACAUUUUUUAUCCAAAUACUAGAUAUAAAAAGAAAUCAGUGUUAAAGUGACCUUUUAACUUUCUAAAAACUGGGGGGGGGGGGGGGGGAGAUUACUACUGAUCUUCUUCAAAGUGCAUGACUGUAAAGUGAUAAAAUUGUAUAUUUUUCAUAAUGUGGAGAAAGUCUAUUUGUGCUGCUUUAGAAAUCAGUUUUAAAGUUUGAUUUCUGUUAAACCUGUGAUCUUACAGCCCUGCUCUAUUUUCUGUAUAUGAUUUACAAAGAACUGGAAAAGUCAGCACCUGCUGUUGUGUAUAUAGCAAAAUUCUUUAGACCUUAGCACGCAUUUUUACCUGUUACUGAACCACUCUGGCUUUUUAGGGGCGGGAAAGUAAUAGUACAGAUUUUUUUAAUAACGUGUGUAAAACAUUCAUUUGAAAUAUUUUAGUAAAAAUGAAGUAAGAGAUUGAUUGUGAUAGUGUAUACUUCUAGUUGAAUACAAUAAAAUACAUCCUUUUUAAAUAAACUGAUGAGUAAGA